AUGGAAUGGCAGACUUCGUCCUUCACGCUCGAUUCCGACGACGGCAGCGACGGCAGGUUCCUUUGCGACGCCGAGGAGCGCGGUGGUGGAGGUGGCGACGACCUGCCGUACUGGAAAGCCUACUGGAAGCCGCUGCGGUCCGCCCUGGACAAGGGCAACGAUAUCCUCACACUGCGGCCGCAAUGGACAUUGCAGCCAUGGUCUCGCCCGAGCAACUUGCACAAGACAGCCUACCUCGAUGGACUGCGCGGCUUCGCGGCUCUCAUCGUCUACUGGCACCACCACGAAUUAUGGGUUCAUAACAUGCAUCGCUGGAACCAAAACGGCAUCUUCGAAAACAGCUUCGGCUACGAGGGCAAGCACCACUUUGUCGCGCUGCCCGGCAUUCGCAUCUUGUUCUCGGGUGGCCACUUUGCCGUCUCCAUCUUCUUUGUCCUAUCCGGCUACGUCUUGUCCAUCAAGGGGCACAAGCUGAUUGAGAGUAACGACAUGCAUGGUCUCGUGGACCACCUGGCCUCGUCCAUUUUCCGCCGCUGGACACGCCUGUUUCUGCCUGUGCUGGCUACACUGAUAGUGUAUGCCACCGUCUGGCACGUCUUUGGUCUCUGGGUCGACGAAUCCUCCCCGCAGCGAACGUGGUUCGACGAGAUGUGGUUUUUGUACUGCGAGUUCAAAAACUUCAGUUACCCGUUCAAAGAAGGUGGCGUGCCGUGGAUGAGCUACAACAUGCACGUCUGGUCUAUCGCUGCCGAGUUCAAGGGCUCCUUGGUCGUCUUUGGCUCCCUGCUGGCGUUUUCCCGCUGCAGCGCGGAGGCCCGUGUGUGGUGCCAACUGGCGCUGGUGGGAUACUUCAUGUACAUUGCGGAUGGUUGGUACUGUGCAAUGUUCAUGGCAGGCAUGCUGCUGAGCCACAUGGACCACCUGGCUAGCCUGGGCCGCCUGCCGUCGAUCUUGGUCCGACUCCAGCCGCACAAGACCUUCAUGUAUUAUCAUAUGCUAGUCAUCAGCAUAUACCUCGGCGGUGUGCCCUCUGAGAACCGCGAAAUACAGCAGCUCGCAAAGAACCGUGGCUGGUAUCUCCUUUCCUUCCUCAAGCCCCAGGCCGUCUUUGACUACAAGUGGUUCUUCCUGUUCUGGGCCGCGGUUCUUCUCAUGCCGUGCGUGAGGCAUCUCAGCUGGUUGCGGCGGUUCUUUGAGACAAGAGUCUGCCAGUAUCUCGGCCGCGUCUCAUUUGCCUUAUACCUGGUCCACGGGCCCGUUCUCUGGACCAUUGGUGAUCGGCUGUACGCCGUCUUCGGCAUCAGCUCCAAGGCACACCUUGAGCACAUUCCCGGUUGGGUCGGAAUAAUCCCAGUAUCCAAAGCCGGUCCUGUCGGCCUGGAGCUUUCGUUCCUCCUCGCAAACUUGUUUCUACUUCCCCUGACCCUCUACAUCGCAAAUGUCGUCACGCGGGUUGUGGAUAAACCAAGCGUCAAGUUUGCCAGCUGGGUUUACAGCAAGACGUUAGAAAAGACUGCGGCCACACGCCCUAAAAUAUAG